AUGACUGAGGCUGUUAUAGAGAUGACUCGUAAGUUCACUGAGAUGGCAUUAUUCUGCCCGCAGUACGUAGGGAAUGAAGAGAUGAAGAUCACCAGGUACACCGAUAUGCUUCGUACCGAAAUCAGGGAGUUCAUGGCCACCACGAAGCACAAGACACUAGCGGACCUCAUUGAUGGAGUCAGGAGGCGCGAGCUCGAGCUGGAGACCCAAAACCGGAAGAGGAAGCAUCCAGGUCAGAAUAGUAGAAGUUCUAGGGCACGAGGUAGUACACGUCUGGGGAAAGAGUUUAAAUGUUACAAGUGUGGGCAACCAGGGCACAAGAGUACAAAAUGCCCUGUUGGAUUGAAGGUUUGUUACAACUGUGGGCAAGCGGGCCAUAUCAAGACUGAUUGCCCUAAGUUGAAGUCCAAUGGGCGAAGUGGGGUGGUGAAGGCCCCUGUGACAGCUCCUUUGCAUAUUACGGAUGGACACACAGGACACGUGAGGCCUAAGGUGACGCGUGUCAGAGUUUAUCAGAUGACAGCCGAGGAGGCACAGGCGACACCCAACAUGGUGGUAGGAAUGUUCCUAGUCGACUCGGUGCCUGCCUUAGUGAUGUUUGAUAGUGGGGCUACUCACUCGUUUGUGUCUCUUACCUUUAGCGAGCGUCUUGGGCGUACUAUUGGACGUCUAGGUUAUCCUUUAGUAGUUGAAGUUGUAGGGGACAAGACUCUGACUAUGGUAGAUGUUUAUCGUGGUUGCACCUUGGAAGUUUCGGGUGAGAAAUUUCCAAUUGAUCUGAUUCCAAUUGCAAUGCAGGAGUUGUGUGUGAUCGUAGGGAUGGAUUGGAUGGAUUUUUUUUAUGUUGAGAUACUUUGUCGUCACAAGAAAGUUAGGGUAAGGACCCCAAGCGGGGGAGUGUUAUUAGUCCAGGGGGACGUAGAUAGAAGAAGCCCGACAAUAUGUUCUGCAAUGAGAGCAAGGAGGUACUUGCAGCAUGGAAGUAUUGGGUACUUGGCAUAUGUAGUAGAUAUACGGGUGGAAGAAGAGAAGAAGUUGGGAGUUAAUGUACCGAUUGUGUGA